UAUUUUAACUUCUAGUAGUGCUAUAGUCUUGUGUAGGACAACGAUAAAUACAAGCUGCGAGCUAAAAUGCUCAGCCUGUGAAUUCCACUAGCAAAGCUCUCUCAUGUGAGACGUUAAAAAUUUGAUUUGGGGGAUAAUGUUUUGGUUGCUAUGGUAUUCAACAGACUUCCGUGUUAUUUGAUUUCCUUUUUCCAGUCCUCCACGUUCAAAUAGAAUGGCCACACAGCUUAGUACUACCACACACAAUGGUCUCCUCAGGGUUGCYCUGCUACGSCGAUGGCAUUAGACGAGUUGCGAUAUCCGUACAGAAGUAUUCCUAGUACUGCAGAGCCUACUAGUUUGUGUCCAUAUCCAUGCUGUAGGUACUACCCCAAUUGCGAUGGAUACCAAUAUUCGUACAAGUCUUAUUCAGUGGUUCCCCAGAAACCACCAUUCUCGUACGUAGCAUUGAUUUCAAUGGCGAUCAAACAAGCACCRGAGAAGAAAAUCACUCUACACGGCAUCUACCAGUUCAUCACCUCAAACUUCUCCUACUACACAUGGCAGAACAAACGAGGUUGGCAGAAUAGCAUCAGGCACAAUCUGUCUCUCAAUCGAUGCUUUUUGAAAAUCCACCGCGACAAAGCUGAUCCAGGAAAGGGUUGUUACUGGACUUUGGAUCCUGCGUAUGAGGGGAUGUUUGAGGACGGAAAAUACUGGAGGCGACGACGUCUGAAGAAAUCCGUCAACACGAAAAACCCUGAUGAUGGAAACGAGAAAGAACUUGAUAGAAGAAAUGCGGAUUCUGAGUGUUAUCUUCAGGAGGAAGCUGAAACAGAAGAUGUAAUGUUAGACGAAAAAGAGGCGAGAGAUACAAAACAAGUACGACAAGACAAAAGUAAGUUAUCACAAAAUGACGAGCAAGAAUAUGAUGUUGUCACUACAACUACUUCUAACUCGACGGCAAAUGCAUUUGACGAACAAUUGAUCGGGGGAAAUGACGRAAAGAAUAAGGAGAAGCAUGUAGAAAAAGAACAACUCAACAGUAAACCGAAGCUACUGUCUCAGGGUUUGUCUUCAACUUCAACGACAUCAAGAAAUCAAACGAACAGUAACAUGAACUAUCCAGGAAAGCAAUCAGAAAUAAUAAAAUCUAGUAUAGGAAAYAGCUUUAGAAUUGAAUUCCUGUUGAAGAAAGAUUAGGAGACUUGCUCGAGAGAGGGMGAAAAUGUGUGGUCUCUUAACCGCUUAGUUCUAGCUACGGACGAUUUAGAGAUCUCGAUUUUUUUCCUCGUUUGACUUAACAAAAUAAUGUAUUGACUGCGAAUACAUCUUAUUUUCUUCCAGUCAAAUGAAUUAUUGUCAACUAACUGAAUUUUAAAAAGCUGAGAAAUACCAACUACUUUUUGUACUCUAAUUCUAAAAGCUUAUUUUCUUAAGAGACGAGCUUGACUGAAAAAUGCGUCGUU